AUGCCGUCCAACUUGCGCCGGCUAGCUGCCGACCACGCUGCCUUGCACCGUGAUCUUCCACCGUACUACCUGCAGCCGUCAGAUGGUGACGACCUGUCACAGCUCACAAUACUUCUCACCGGCCCAGCGGGCACACCCUUUUCACAAGGAUUAUGGGAGCUCCAUCUUAAGAUGCCCGAUGACUAUCCUAAGAGCCCUCCAAAGGCUACCUUUAAGACGAAAAUAUGGCAUCCGAACAUGGAGGAGCUUACCGGAGCCGUCUGUGUGGAUACGCUUAAGCGGGAUUGGCAGCCCAGUCUAACACUCCGCGAUGUAUUGGUGACAAUCUCAUGUCUACUUAUCUACCCCAACCCAGACUCUGCCCUCAACGCUUCUGCGGGCGCUCUUAUGCAAGAGAACUAUGACGCCUUCGCACACCAAGCCAAACUCAUGACCUCAAUCCAUGCCGCGAUCCCACCCAACUUCAAUGAUGCAGUGACUGAAGCAAAGCUCCGAGGUGAGGAGGCAGCGACCACACUCGAGGAGAAAGAAAAGGACGCAGUCAUUCAACGCCCGCGGAAACAGGCCCGCACCCACGCCGCUACAAGCAAGAAAACCGCCCGCAAUACCACUGCAGUAGAAAUCACACCACAAUCCCCAUAUCCUUCACAAUCCUCCUCAAACCCGUUCGCCCAACCUCCCCCAUCCAUGGCAGACGACGUCGACAGCGAAAGCGACGACCCCGCUAGCGCAAGCAAAGAAAACAACCCAACUCUUUCCCCCUCUCCUGUCUACUUCGCGCCCCCGAGUCCUCGUAAGACUGCCUUGGGAAAACGCCCCCUCUCCGUCCUCUCAAUCCACUAUCCAGAAGACUCCGAUGCAGACAUGAUGCUCAUCGAUUCCGACAACGACAACGACGCCCCCGCCAUGACCUCCAAUGAACGAAACAUAACUGCAAACACACGUUCUCGUUCUCGUACUUCUUCACCACUACGGAAAACACCCAAGCUCUCCUUACUUUGUGGAGGAGUCAAUGCCUCCGGCCGUCUCCGCGAUGAGAUGCCAAUAUUCGAAGACUUGCCCCAGCUGGCCAUGCAAGACCCCCUACGUCGGCUGAGCGGCGACGGCAAAGAAAACCGCGGAUCCGCAACCGUACGUGGGUUAAAAGAGAAGCGCGAAUACCAACCCAUGAAGACGCUCAAUGGUUCUACUCCCGUUUCUCCAGCACAUGCUCAACUCCCCACGCCAUCACUAUCAUCGUCAUCUCUGUCCGGCUCCUCCAAUUCUGGAAUCUCAAAGAAGAAAGCCACGAGCGGCCUACACAAGCGCCUUGCCGUCAGAGCAAAGCCGCGCAUUGGAAUUCGCCGGCUAUGA